AUGAGCACCGACCCCCCACCAUCCCGCAAACGCCUAAUAAUCUGCUGUGAUGGAAGCGGGCAAUCCGCCGUGUCAGGCGAAGCAAGCAUCCCCUCAAAUGUAACCCGUCUUUGCCGCGCAAUCAACAGCGUCGGCACCACCGCCUCAACAACCUGGCAGCAGAUCGUCUGGUACGAUUCCGGCGUCGGAACAAACUCUAACGGCGAAGUCCCCGUCAGCAAAGACCUAGAAGGCAACGUCAUCGAAGCCUACAAUUUUUGUGUCUUGAACUGGAACCCCGGUGACCAGAUUAUGUGCUUUGGCUUCUCUCGCGGCGCUUAUACUGCCCGUGCGAUCGCCGGUCUGAUCUCUGAUCUGGGGAUUUGUUCGAAGGCUGAUAUCCAAGAUUUUCCCGAGAUUUGGAAACUGUAUAAGGAAAGUCAUCCGGCGCUUACUGGGGAGAGAUUUUAUGGGAGUGAGGCUUGGUUCGACUGGUGUGAUGGGAAGCCUGCUGACCCGCAGCCUGUGGAGAGGCGCGGGGAGAACGUUGUUUGGGAGAGAGUUGGGAGAGGGCCGUGGGCUAGGACACCUGAGUCGAGGCAGGUUGAGGUUGUUGGUGUCUUUGAGACUGUUGGGGCGCUGGGAUUUCCCGAAAUCUUUGGGUAUGAGGUUCCAAAAUGGCUUACUAGGACUGACAAACCUGAGUGGCAUAACGUUGGACUUUCUCCAAAUAUCAAGAAUGCUUUCCAGGCACUAGCUCUCGAUGAGCAUCGUGCAGCAUUUACUCCGACUCUCUUCUACGUCCCUACCGUAACAAAAGUCUCACAAGAGACUCUCUCAAAGCAGCAAGAUCUGCAAAGAAGCACAUUUCAAGCUUGGCUUGAUCUUCUAGCUACCAAGCGCCCAUCCCUAGAGGAUCUCCAGCGCGUGAGCAAAGCCAAAAAUCAGGCCGCGCGAACCCUCCUCAACAUGGAAGACAGCCAGAAAGACCGCUCAAAGCUCCUCCAAGUCUGGUUUCCAGGCGUGCACAUCAACAUCGGCGGUGGUUCAACACUGACAAUGGAAAACAAGGGAAACAUGGAAGAAAUGUCCAACAUUGUCUUCGCCUGGAUGUUGGAUCAAAUCAAGGGUUUCGUCUCUCUCAACGACGACAUCCUACAGAAAGAUCAGCUCGCGCGCCGGACGAGAUUCGCUAAGAUAAACAAUGCCCUGCAUUGGUAUAACCAGCGCGUCGAACAACAGAAGAAGGAAUCGUGGGGCGCAUGGCUCCAGCGAAACGGUCAAUGGAUCACCUCUUCGAUCCUGCAUCCUCUCACUCCGGGCGAUAAGCCCGCGUACAUGGACGAGCGCAUCUAUACAUGGGGUCUGGGCGAUCUACCGGAUAACUUUGGGAUUGUUUAUGUGGCUAAUGGAUCUCGGCCGCGCACGCCGGGCCGAUACGCUUUCGAGAAUGGUCAGAGGUUGGGCGAGACGUGUGAGCGGGUUCACCCUGUUGUUGGGUAUAGGGUUGAGAAGACAAAGGAUCAUGAAAAGAGCAAGAGGUAUCGCCCGAUCUGGUUGGUUGGGGAUAACUACGAGCGACGAAAGAAGGGACAGGGAUAUGAGUAUCGCUUUAGAUACCCCGGGGCGGCUGACUAUGAGGUCCUGCCUGAAUGGGAGAUGUCAGCUGAUGUCAACUCUUAUGAGAGGCUCGCUAUUGAGGGAAAUGGAGCUUAUGAUUAUGUAGAUGCUUUGGAUGCGGAUUUGGGGAGGGAUAUCAAGACGCCUCGGUCUAGACUGGGUUGGUGGGAACGAGCUGUGCCCAGUACGAUCUAG